CUUUAUUGGUCAAAAUGGGGCAAGGUGGCAGUCAUGAUUUUCAGGAAGUUUUCCAGUCAACUGUAGCUGAACUAUCCCAGUUGCAGCUAGCAGAGCUUGGGAAUCAGUUUAACGAGUUGUACAGGCAGGCUGGUGGAGAACGUGGGCGUGUCAUAGAUAGGGAGAAGUUUUCACUUUACUUUAAUCUUCCCGUGGCACUGGGAGAUAGACUCUUUGAUGCCUUUGACAAGAAAAAGAAUGGAUCUAUUGAUUUCGAAGAGUUUGUCUGCGGACUAUCAAUCAUUCUUCAUGGCUCUUUCUCCACAAAAUGUCAGCUCUUAUUUGACUUGUUCAAUAUUUCCGGAGACGAAGGGGUAAGCCGUGAAGAGCUCCAUUCUCUUCUCUCUUCAGUGGUACACUCAACUAAUACUAUAAUACUAACAGUCACUGAGGGAGGAGUUGAUAAUGAGAGUGGAAUAGUUACUGAUCCAGAAUCAUCUAUUGCCAGUGUUGUUGAUGCUGCUUUUGAAAACUGUGACAUCUCUCGCUCUGGUAAGCUCCUCCCACUCGAGUUUGAGUACUGGCUGAAGAGGAACCCUCAGGUCCUGGACUACCUGUUACCAAAAACCCCGGAAGCUUCUAACGUUAAGACUCGCCAUGGAAGCAUGCUUGCUACUCUCCUGGCAAUCGAUGAAGAUGAACCAGGGACCGAGGAAGCCAUGGAAAUCACACCCUUAGAAACCACACCCAAUCCUAUUGAGACGACUUCAAUUGACAUUAGUAGCACAGAUAUUGAUAUGGAGGACCAGGACGAGAGGAACAGUAUCGGACAAGUAGAGCCACCUCCUUCAGAUGAAGAGGAGGAGGGAGAGGAGAACAAGGAGGAGGGGGAGGAGAACAAGGAGGAGGAGAAGGAAGAGAAUGAGGAAGAGAGGGACAUUGAAACACAAUUAGUAGAAGAAGGGAAAGAGAGAGAGAGAGAAGAAAAGGUAGAAAAGGAGGUAGUAGAAAGAAAAGAAGAGAUAAAGGUAGACAUUGAGACAGAGGGAGGAGAGGAAGUCCCUGGAACUGAAGAAGGCGAAAUGGCACUACCUGAGACUGUCAAUGAGCAAGUAUCAACUGACAAAGAGAAACCAAAAGAAGACACAACAAAGAAAAGAGAGAGUGUCAAAGAAGAUGACAAAGUACAAAUAUGUAACUUGACAGCAAGUGAAGAAACGCUAAAACUAGCAAGACAGCUAUCAAAAGAUUUCAAGGAGGCCCUCAGCCCGACUGGCAGUGAUGAUUUUAUUCUACCAACGCAGUAUGAGGACACGAGCGAUAGUGGAGAGAAAAGGAGAGAGAAGGAGAUCAAUGAUGACAUAUUGUGUUCAUGGCUACCUGGUGAAUGGGUACAGCAGGUUUUGGCUAGUGGCAGGAUUGUCUCACCCGAGCACUUGACUCAACCUGGACUCAUCUCUCCUACUGGAAAAUCUGAUCCAAUAGGUGAAGUAUUAAUGGCAACUUUCCCAGGAUCUGAAAGAAGACAAUUACUCACUGCAGACCAAGUGACCAUGGACCACGAAGGACUUAUGAACCUGAUACAUAAUGGCUGCUAUCAUGAGGCACUGAGACUCACGUCACUUGUUCUUUCAGCUCACGGUCAGGGAAUUAAUCAGAUUGGAUCCAUGACUGUACACACACACAAGACUCUACAAAUGUGGUGUGCUCGAUUGUCAUUGUUGUGUCAGUUGGAGAGAUACGAUGAGGCUAAACAAGAAAUGGAGCCGUUUAAGGAUUUGGACCAACCUGAUCUUUACUAUCAGUACAAUAAACACAACUAUCCUGGAAAAAAAGGUAGCAUGGUACCAUACAGUAUGAGACUGUUACAUGCACAGUUGCCAUUAUACACUGGUAACAUUCAACUAGCAAUGAACAGGGUGUGCUUCCUCCAGUAUGUUACUGGGACUAUCCUCCGUCAUAUCAAAGAAAAGAAAAAGAUGCCUUUUAUCGAUGAACUGCUCUCAGAUGAAGAUCAGCAACUGGCAGAGGAGGUUUGGACCAAGAGAUUAGCUCACGUGAAGUGUUUACUAGGAAACUGUCUACUAAGCAUCAAAGAUUAUUCACUUGUUCGUAACUUACUUCAUGAAGUGAUCGAGUUGCUGCCUGAUCAGAAAGUACAGCUUCUUUCUUGCCUUGGGAGACUUUGCAUAUCAUAUGGUAAUUUGGUUGAUGCUGAAGAUUAUUUCUCACAAGUACUAGCAUUGCUAACACCAAAAGCAACUAAUGAAAAUAAAUCACUGACACAAGCUAAUAAAGGUCUAGUCAAUAUUUAUCAUAAUCAAUGGAUCAAAGCUGAGAAUGAUUUCAAAUCGAGUUCAACUUCGGACGCAAAAUCUCUUUAUAACAGUGCCAUGUGUGCCCUGUAUCAAGGAAAAUUACAACAAGCAAUUACUUCGAUUGAGGAUCUCAUCAAAACCACAUCCACCACUUCCUACUCUCCUCUUCAGGUCUCUCUUUUUAAGGUUCUCUUCUCACUCUAUGAACUUGAGUCUUCCAAAGGGCAGGCUAAGAAACUCUCGUGGCUUCCUUUUCUCGGAUACUUUGCUCCAGAAGGAUUCAGUCUUAAAUCAACAGGGAUGAUCGCAUGAUUUUUAAAAUGACAUUGAUUGAAAUUUGAAAUUAAUAUCUUUAAUAGCAAGAGUUAAUAGUAACAAAACAUCA